AUGCCUCUAGCCCACGUCUCCCUCCCGGUAACCUCGCUCCCAGCCUCAACAGCGUUCUAUCUCUCGGCCCUCAACCCACUCGGCUACGACGUCUUCAUGAAUCUCGAACGCGCCGUGGGGAUGACAGUCAAGUACGACGGCCCUGAUUUCUGGCUCCAUCAAUGUCCCGAGAUGAAAGACGGAGAGAAAGGGAAUGGUAUGCAUGUUGCGUUUAAAGGCAGCAGUAAGAGGGUUGUUAGGGAGUUUUAUGAGGCUGCUCUGAAAGUAGGAGGAAAAGAUAAUGGUCCUCCAGGCGAGAGAACGCAGUAUACGAAAGGGUACUAUGCGGCGUAUGUGCUGGAUCUGGAUGGGAAUAAUGUCGAGUGUGUUUAUUAUCAGCCGUGGUGGUUGAGUGCGUUGCAGGUUGCGCCGAGUGUAGUUGGGGUGGUGGUUGUUGCUGGAGUUGCUUGGUGGGGUGGGAGAGCGGGGUGGGGAUUGUGAUUUGGAUCUUUAGGUAGAGGAAUUGAGGAAGGGGCUUUUUGAAGUCAGGGUUUUGUUGAAAAGGAGAAAUGAUUACGGACUAUUGACUUACUGGUGAUGUCCUUGAGCGAGAGGUUGUCUAGCUAAGCCCCCUCAAGCUAGAAGUUGAUAACCAGAAAGGAAGACAUAUUAUCAUCAUAUAAAGGAACACAUGUUAACAUGAAUGUGCAUAACGGGGUAUCAUUGCGCCUGCUGUGUCCAUAUCUCCUCAAUGUUUCCAUGCUGUCUUCGAAUGACAAGCACAUUCAAGGCCAAGCUGGGUAUCAUCCUGUGCCAUCUCCAAAUUCAGUGGUUGCCCACCGCCCUAUAAACCUC